AUGCAGCCUCAGCCUCACAUUACCCCCGACACCGCCACAGCCGCAGUCUCCGCCGCUUUAGAAUCCCAACGUGUAAAGAGAAACCGAGGAAGUUACAACUGCCGGCGAUGUGGCCAACCUAAGAAAGGCCAUGUCUGUCACGUCACCCCCGAUCCUACACCAUCCACUCCGAUCGCCUGUGAGCCGAUUAGCUGCAUCCCCGCCGCCGCAUCUUCUUCCCGUCCCACAAUCCGAUCCUUACCUCCGUCCUACUCCCACCUCCGCCGCGCCCUCUCGUUCGACGACUCCGAGGCGCAGCAUCAUUCUCAGGACGAAUCCGAUGGCGGUGAAACGCAUCCGACGGAAUCGGAUCUGGAUUUGGAUACGGUUACUGUUCAGCCGCGUGGAUUUCCUGCUGUGCUUCUAUGGGAGGUACUGAGAAGGCUUCCGCCUUCCGGUUUGAUGGUGGCGGCUAGGGUUUGCAGAGGGUGGAGAGAAACUGCGAGGAAGAUGUGGAAAGCGGCGGAGGAGCUUCGAAUUAGAGUUCCGGUGAAAUCUCAGAUUAGUUACAUUGGGUCUCUAUUGCAAAAGUGUCCUGGACUUAUUAGGCUAUCUCUUAGAAUCGAAAGUGAUUUUGAUGCUACAACACUUGCCUGCAUUGCUUUUUCAUACCCUAGCCUGAAGAUGUUGGAGAUUUCAUCUCUAGGUUCAGCUGUCAAUAGGAUUUCAGGGGGAGAGCUUGGUCGUUUUGUUGAUAAUAAACAAGGUCUCACUAGCCUUAAGAUGGAAGGAUGUUCAAACUUGGGAGGAUUUGUCCUCUGUUCAUCAACUCUUUCCACUCUUUGGCUCUCGGACCUUCACUCUCUUUCAAAGAUGGUCUUUAACUGUCCAAAUCUAAGAGAGAUAUCUCUGGAAUUUUCUCACCAAGAACAUGAUUCAACUGAUCUCAUAACAAUGUUUGAUGGUUUGGGAAGGACUUGCAAAAGACUUCAAAACAUCCAUAUAGCCUCCUUGAAGCUUUCUCAUCUUGUCGUACUUGUUCUUACAGCUGCAAAUUUCAGGGAGUUGAGAAUGCUCUCCCUGGUUCUGGGCAAAGAGAUAACAGAUGCAUCUGUUGCUGCCAUUUCCUCAAGUUAUUCAGAUCUGCAGCUGCUUGUCUUAGUGAAAGUCGACGUUUCUGAUAUGAAAGGUGAAAGUGAGAGGUUGUGA